AUGGAUAAUAAUGAAUUGAUUGACAUAAUUGAUACGUUCAUUAGUGUGGAAGAGAUCAAUAGAAAUUUAGAUGAAUAUAUCGACUCUCAUAGUGAAUGUAUCGGUACUCUUCGUAAAUAUUUACUCGAUAGUAUACGAGAAUUUAUUUUUGGGGAAAGCAACACCAAUAAACGAUUGAAAACUAUUAAAGGCAUUAACUCAUCCUUAAAAGGUUUGUGCUGUAACUUCGGGCACCUUGUUUUCCCAUCAAAUGGUCUUAUACAGUUUUUUUACAGACUCCUAAGUAAAAUUUUUACCAAAGAUUUUUUUUUUCUGCCUUAUUCAAAUAUAACGACCCCAAAUUCAAACACGAAUGAACAGGUUGAAAGUAUUUGUCAGAAAUCAAGUGACAACGAAAUGAUUUAUUGCUGUGUUUCAUCACUUUUAACCAUUUUGAAACUUUUAUCAAAUGGUAAUAGAUCAUUAUUUAUGAUAUUCACCAACGAAACCAUAAUAAAUAUAAAUAAAUUAAACUCGUUUCUGAAAUAUAGAAAGUUUUCGGAUAUUGAUACUCAGAAUUCUCAAAAUAUUGAUAUUUACUCAUCAUUUCUUCAAGCCAUCAAAUUAAAUUCAGGAUGUUUAAACGUAAUUGAAUCUCCAAUUUUUAUUAGUUUACCAAAAGAAAGCGAUUGGUUUCUUUACCUGAUGGGGCAUAUCACAAUACAGCUUCUAGAAACUCAAAAUCCCUUUCAUGAAGAUUCAUCUAUCCGGGAUCGAUUUAUCAGCGUUUGGCUUAAGAUAUUAAAUUCAUCUAUAAAUACAAAAAAACUUGAAUUUAUUGGGAUGGCAAUACAUAUUUUAAAAACCAUUACAUUUGGUUUUGAAAAAAAAAUGAGCAACCCUAACAUUUUGUAUUUGAUAAAAAAUAAAACAGUUAUUUUUCUUUAUAAAGAAGAUGUAAAUAAGUUUACAAAUGUUUUGCCCUGCUAUAUUUCCAAAUUCGCAAAUAAUUCUUCCACAUUGUGUUUGUUCGGAGAUUUUACUAUUUGGUAUUUGAAUGGGUUUUUGAGAACAUGUUUUUUAAAGGAUUUAAAUUAUAAUAUUCAAAAUCCAAAUACUUAUGUUUUUCAAAUUGAACUAAUUUUAAGAUUUUGGUUCAAUCAAUUUAAAUUGGCUUCAAAUGACUCUUUUGAUGAAUACCCUUCAAAGUUCAUAUUCGAAAUAUUAAAAAAAUUGCCAUAUAUUUCAGAAAAUGCAGCAAAAAUAAUAGAAAUUGGGGUCGCGAAUGCGUUGAAUUACAACAACGAGCACACAAACAAAAUUUCUUACAUCAAUAUUAAAAUUUUAUCACUUUUAAUUAAACUAAAGUUAUUAAACUUUUUCCCUAUUAAUGAAAAAAAUUUUGAUGAAUUGACUAACAAUAUAUUACAGGCUUCAAUAUAUGGAAUAAGCGAGGUAUAUUCAAAAAAAUGUAACGAUCCUUUAUUGAUCACUUCACAUAUUCAAAUGGUCCUUUCCAAUCAUUUUAAUUCUAAUCUCUUAAAAAAUAUUAAAAACCCACUACCAUUAUGUUAUUCUAUAUCUAUUACAAUAGAGCUUAUCCGAGUUAUGCUGGAAAAUGAUAUUGGUUGUACUUUUGAGUUCGGAAAGUAUAUUAUGAACCACCUUUGUAGAAUAAUGUCAACUAGUGAGAACAAGAUUUCAGACUGGGGAUUUGACCAGUGUAUAUUGCUUUCUGAGCUUUCCAUUCGUAUUUUGUCCAAAUCCAACGAAAGAUUGGAAGUAAUAUUAGAGUCAUUAAUAGAUCUAAUGGACGGAGAAAGUAUGUUCUUUCUUCUUAUUUCAAAUUGCAUAAUAAAUUUGAUUUUGAUCAACUGUAUGUAUUCGUUUGAAAUAAAUGAGAGCUUGGUAACUAAAAUUUUGUUGAAGCUUAAUAAUUUGAAUAGUUCAUGCAUAUUUUCACAUAACAUUCAAAUUAAACUGAUAAAAAUACUUGCAAUUGUUAUUUUGAAAAACAAAGAAUUUGAAAAUUUUGAUCUCAUCUCUGAACUACAGAUACUCUUUAAUAAUAUACAAUUAAACAAAGAGAAUUGCUUUCCUUUUGGAAGCUCAUUUAAUUCUAUUUCUUAUUUCGAUUUGUUUUGUGAAAAUAACGAUCAUAAAGAUAUGUGGCUAUCUUUUCUACCUACAUUGCCAAUUUGCCCUUUUUGUAAGAAGAAAAAUGGAUUUAUACCUUCUAAAGAAUUAUUUAUAUGUAAAAAUUGUUGGAAAAUAAUACCCACUUCAAUUGAUAUUGAUAAUUCGGUUUUCGUUCCGGAAAUAAAGAAUUACUUUUCUACAAUAGAUAUUUUGCUGUAUUUUAACAAAAAACAAACAUAUAGAAUGGAUACAAUUGAUAUGCUGUUCCAUUCAAUAAGGAAUAUUCAGGGAUAUUCUCUUGAUAUGCAUGAACACAGUUUUUUUGCUGUAUUAUCGGUCGUAUUCAGCUUUUCUCAAAAUAAAUCAUUUUAUGAGGUUAAUAUGGCUAUGUUUUUGCAAAACGGUGUUUUUUCAAGUAAUUACUUAAAUUAUUCACAAUUAAAACUCAAUUUAUUAAUUUUAUCAAGAAAAUUCUUGUGGAAUAAUCUCUUGUCCUGCUCAAACUUUAAUAAUAAUUUACUUUCCAGUGAAUUGUUCUUUUCUACACCACUAGUGAUAUCUAAUAUUGUUGGCGAACUAAUUGACCCCGAAGCUUAUUUUUUCACAAAUGUAGAAGACAUUUUUAGACUAUCAAUUUUUUUUGGGCCUGGAAUAAAAGAUACUCAAUCAACCUCCGAUAAAUUAGAGCCGAUUAGGCACGGAUUUUUUGGCGAUGUUUUUAAACUUAACGAACUAAUCAAUUACAUUUCUAAAAAAAAAAUAAAAAGUACCGAGUUUUAUUUGACUCUUGGUAUUGGUAAUAGAUUGAACAAAUUACAUAACUAUAAAACUACAGAUUUCCAGUCGACCGAAAAUUCCCAAAUUUUAUUGAGUAUUGCCUCCAUGGACAUUAAAGUUCAUAUUAUUAUGCUAAUUAGUACUGUAUUUACAGAUGAGUCAUUUAGCCACUUUUUCUCUUCAACCUUAACAGCUCUAAAGCUCGCGGUAAUUGGAUUAGAUCAUAAUUGGAAGUUGAUGUGGUGUAGAAGUAGCCUUAGUGAGUUCUCCAGAGGGAUAAUUCCCGAAAAAAAAAUAAUUGAUGAAUCAAUCUAUACUUUCAAUAAUAAUUCAAAGGUAAUAUAUAAGUCAUUAUCUGCAAUCUCCUCCGUAUUAAUGAGGCAGAAUACCACAUUGUCAAGUAUUUCAGUCUCACCUGGGGUAAAUAAAGUAACAUCAAUUAAAUUAUCUUCUUUUGUUGAUUCAAAAAAUAAACAUCCCGACUGGUUGAUUUCGUUACUUGGGCCCACUUUCACUUAUCUUUUACCUAAUUUAUUUUAUAAAUCUUUUUUUGGCUGUACUAAUUCUUCAAAUAUAAUUUUUUCGUAUUUAAAAAAAAAUAUUCCAAGUUCAAUUUCAUUUGACAAAUUAAUAAUCCAAAUACCAUUUUUUCUGAUAUAUUCUAUAAAUAUUGAAGAUUUAGAUAUUGAAACAUGCUUUAGUUUCCUUAAAAAUAACAUUUACAACAGCUUACUGAAUAAUACAAUUUCAAGUGAUUUUCAGUUACCAAAAGCAUUGGUAAAUACAUCGAUUGCAUCUCUUUUUUGGAUUGUUACAAGUUCUGAAAAUAUAAUAAAAUUUUUGGUUACUAAAGAAAAAGAUACAAUCUUUGGAAAAUAUCUUGACAAUUUAACUUUGGAAAGCUUGACAUAUAAUUACCAUGAAGACUAUAUUUUUGCUAAACAAUGUGAUUGGUUAUCGAACAGAAUUAAUAUUUUGAUUUGUGAAUCUGGUUUUGAUUCAAUAAGCCAACCUAGUCGAAAGAAGCAGAGAGUUUUAAAUGGAGUUGAACAAAACAUUGAGAUAUCACAGAAAAUAGGAAGUUACAUCGGAAGAAAUUUAAUGUGGUUAUUAGAAUUUUAUAACAAAAGUUUCUUAAUAGGAGAAUCUACGGGAACGUGGAACAAUACGCAACUACAAUAUAUAUUUUUUCCUAUAUCUUUUAUUAUUUCGGAGCCACCACCUUCAAAUAAAGCAUCAAUGUAUUGGUAUCGAGUUUUUAGAUCACUUUCACUUUUAUUAUACUUUUCAAGAAAAUUUAUUAAAGAAUACGCAACAAGACUACUAGAACUUUUAAUAAAAGUCACAAAUAAAUCAAAUAUGCAUCCCUCUUGUAUACAAUGCUGGAAUAUUUAUACUCUACAAUUAAUUGAGGAUUUUAAAGAAAACACAGAUAUUAAUCAAAAUGUUUUUUUACAAUUGUUAUCCCCUAUCAUUGAACAAUUAAUUCUUAUUAUUGAGCCAUUUAUUUUGAAUAAAUCUUUCUUUCUUAUUCAUUUAGAGAAAUUUUUCAAUUCUAUUGUAUCAUCAGUAUUGAAUAUUAAUAAGAGCUAUUUCUCUUUAAUUCCAGUUUUGACAAGUAUUGAGGGGAAUUCCAUUAGAAAGAUUAUUCUUAAUUGCUACUAUGGAGAUCAUUUUUCUCAUUUGUGUUCAAGUCAAGUAGAAUAUGAAUAUUACAAACUUGUUUUCCACUUAUUCAAUGAAAGAAUUGAUUUUUCAAUUAAGUUUUUUUCAACCCAUGUUCCAUAUAUUACAUACGAAAAAUUGUUGGGUUCUAUUAAAGAUAUAAUAUUAUUUUCUCCAAUUGAGUCAUAUUGGGCUUUAUUUGGAAAUAUCGAAGAUAAAUAUUCAAUAAAUAAACGAAUAAAUUUGUUAUACAACAAGUGUUUAAAGAUUAUUUCUAAUACAAGUAAUGACUCGUUGAUUCCAUUUCAGAAGUCGAAUUUAGAAACUGAUUCAAAAGGUCAGGAAAAUGGAAAACUGAAAUCUAGAAUAAAUAUAGUAGAUUCAAUACUCAAAUAUAAUCACUUGUUACCCAAGGCUUGUUCACAAAAAAAAUUUAAUAACUUAGAAAAGAGUACUGCAAAUUUAAAGAACUCGAUCUCAGUAAUAAUCGGUACCAUUGGAGCAAUUGACUACAAUAUUAAUGGCUAUUUAGAAUUUAACUCAAUUAAUUAUUGCAAUUACGCAGAUGAUCUUAACCAUAAUAAUAAAAAAAUGGAAUUAAUUGAGUUUCAGUCGAAAAAUAUUUCAAUGUUCGUAAAAAAUCUUGAUAUUUUAACAGUAGACUUGAUUCAAAAUCAUUUAUUAGCAUAUUCGCACUGGAAUGUAGCAGCUUUUGCAAUUCAGGAAGCUCUUAAGUUUAUUGGUUGUCAUGACCACCUACCUGAUAUUGAAAAAAAUGAAAAAGUGUGGGAUAUGUUUCAUUCAGAAGUCAAAGAUAUAUUACAACCAUAUAAAUCAACUGAAUAUAGAAUUAUCCAAGGUACCAAUGAACAUUUGCUUGAUCAACUAAAAUGUUUAAGCGAUGAGCGAACAGAAAAUGUUUAUGAAUUUUAUUUUUGGUGUCUAAAUUUAAUAAAUCAUGAAAUCAAUAAAGUAAAAGAAAUUGAAGAAACGAAGAAGCUCCCAAAAUCAAUCAAAAACAUUAAUAUUUUAUUCGAAGGCUGUAGGGUUGUUUCACUUGGAAUUCCUUCUGUUUUCAAUUUUAUACUUCCUUUAUCAAUUGAAUUCAUACUUUUAUUUUGUGAUCAUUCAAUAAUAAGGACUUUAAAAGAAAAAUUGUGUUCUUUAAUCAUUUCUGGGCUUGAAUAUGGCGUGAGCAAUAGGUUAAAUAAUUUUUCAAUGAUGGAGUCUCGAAAGAAUAAUAAAAUCAAAUCAUCAUCCUUUAUUAUUCACCAUGUGACAUACGAAUCAAUAUUUAUUGUAAUCACACACCUAAUGGAGAUUUUCGAGGAUAUUAUACAAUGUAAAGUACCAAAAAUUUUGCCUUGGUUUAAUGAAUCGCUACUAGAACCAUUUUUACAAGAAUUGUAUUUAAAUGAAACUAGCAAGCCGGGUCAUCCAGUUACUGGGAAAAAUAGCAUUGAUAAAAUUGUGGAAGGGAAAACAGCAAGUCCAAGUAGCGUUACAUUAUCACUAUUAGCAGAAGCAACAAAAAUGGAAAGUUCUAAAACCACUAUUAAUUUAUUUUCAGAUAAAGAUGGCCAAACCGACUCUCAAUAUUACGAGAUUGAAAUAAUGAAUUAUAUAUUUAAACUACAAGAUGAAAAUAGUAAAAAUGAAGAAAUUAAAACAUUGGAAAGUAAAAAAAAAUUAGCAAAUGGGACAAAAUUCCUAUCCACACUUUCGAAUUAUCCAAUAAUAAAAAUUAUUGCAAACUUACAGUUUAUUACAGAUCUUCCAAUUAGCAUAUUGAUACAAGCUGCAUUGUCAUGUGGCUCAUAUACACGUGCAUUGCUUCUUUUUGAAAGAUUCUUAUUAGUCAAGCAUACUAACGAAGAUUUUUCAAAGAGAAAAAGGAAAUUUAACAAGUUAAGAGCUUCACUAAUGACACAAUUUGGAUUAAUAACAAAAUAUUCUGGAAAUGCAAUAGAUUAUUUUGGAACAAAUGGCUUUAACAAUUUGGAUUUUGAUCCACUAAACCCUUUGAAAUUUUAUAGGACCUGUUUUGAAAUAUAUUCUGAAUUACCAAAUAUAUUUGAUGAAGAUAAGAAAAAAACCAUUAAUCAUAUAUUGUAUUUACCUUUUCAAUGUUAUCUAGGGAUUAAAGAUACUGAUAACUUAUUAGGUAUUAUGACUAUAUAUGAACAAAUGUCAACUUUUGUACAAGGAACAAUUGAUAAACAAUUGGUAGAGUUUCUGCUAAAAGAGGACUACUACAAUGCUGCAAUAAUAUAUGAAAGAAUUAUUUCUAAUAAUCCAGAAAUAAAUCAUUUGAUUUUUAGAAACUAUUUGAGGUGCCUACUUAAGGCAGGACUUCCUCAUGUCGUGUUAAGUUCAUUAUUAAAUACAAAUAAAUCGAAUAAUUUAAAUGCUGAAUUCGAAAAUUUAUCUCAAAAUUUCAGGAAGAAAAGUUUUUCUAAUCAGCUAAAUUAUGUGAAUAGUAACUUGUUUAUUUCUGAAGCGUUAGAAGCCUGCUACCAAUUAGGCAAUUGGGAAUUUCUAGAUACUAUAAUCUCUGAUAAUAAAAAUGAGGAGCAAAAGAUUCAGUCAAAUUCAAUUAAUAAUAUUUACAUGGACCUUUUCAUCCCUUCAAACAUUGAUACAAUAAUACAAAAGUUUAAUGUUUACCGUGGAAAACUAUUACUACAUCUUCACUGUGCAAAAUCAAAUAUUACUUCAGAAAAUCGUAAAUUUAAUGAAUCUUUUAAUAAUACACUAGAAAAAGCAAGAAAUCUUUUGUUAACUCCUUUAAGUAUUUCAUGGAAUGACUCGAAUUCAAAAUCAAGAACUAUCUUGGAAAAGUUACAUAUACUAAUGGAUAUUGAGUUUGUUUAUUAUUUUUUUGAUAAUAAAAACAAAAAAAUAUUAAAUAAUCAAAAUAUUUUGGUUGAAAACCAAACCUAUAAGCCGGAAUGGAUUAAGAUAAGUGAGCUAUUUGUUUUUCGAGUCGAUAAUGCUAAAAUUAGCUUUAACAAAAAGCAUUCAUUACUUUCUCAAGCCAAAAUUACUUUAGAAGUUGCAGGAUUUGAAUUGUCUUCUUUUCUUUUACUACUUGUAUUAGAGAGGAGUAAAAUAUCAAUCUUAAAUGUAAAUACAUCAUAUUCUUAUAUUAAUUUCUUAAAUUCAUUUGAAAUGAUUGAAAUAGAAAACUGUUCAUUUGAUCAAGAUUUCCAACUUUUUAACAGAAGCAGUUCCGCUUUUGGGAUUGCUGAUUUGGGCUUGAUGGAUUUACAUUCAUUAAAUUCUAAUGAGAUAGAAAAAGUUCCUGGACUCAUACAAAUUGACAAUUUAAUUAGUAUUUCAUAUUUCGAAAAAAUUUUAGACAGAAACAUAAAUUUUAAUAAAAUAAAUUGGUCAAGUAUAGAAAAAGAAUUACUUAAGGAAUGGGAAUUGAAUUUUAACAAUAAAUACAUUAUAUCUUUAAAUCAAAAUUUGUUGGUUACAUAUUUAUUCAAAUUAUUUCGAAGAAAUCAGAUUAAGGUUGCUGUUCAUUUCUAUGAAAUGAUUUUAAAUACUAAAUCAAGCAGUUUACUAGAUGAUAUCACCAUUUCUGAGAUUAAUCUCGUAUAUUUAGAUUGGGCAAUUAGAUCUUCAAUGGUUUCACCAGAAAAUAUAAUUAAUACAUUUCAAGAAACUCUCGAGCUACGAUCAAAUUGCGAAAAAACAUAUUUCCAGUUUGCAAACUAUUUAGACAAUUAUUUCCAUCUUAUCAUUUCCAAUUCUGAAACUGAAAAUAAUUUCUCUACAAAUUCAAGCUCAAGCAAAAAUAGCUAUAAUCUUGGAUCUAUGUUUCAAUGCGAUGAAACUAUUUUUUUAUGUAUUAAUAUGUAUUUGAGUUGUCUAAAGUUUGGUAAUUCGUUUAUCUAUCCUUCUCUUUCUAGAGUAUUAUUCUUAAUUUUUAAUUACUCGAAUAUUAUUUUGAAACAUGGAAUUGCACAACCUUCAAGCAAACAUGAAAAUGUAAAGAUAGUACCUGAUACAUUUAAUCGAUUAAAGAAAGAAAUCAUGGGUCUUCCUCCUUCUCUUUGGUACGUAGUUUUGCCUCAACUGCUAAGUAGAUGCCAACAUCCUGGGCUUGGAUCAAUAAUAAUCCAACCAUUAAUAGCAAAGAUUAUUCGAAAGCUUCCACACCAAGCAGCAUGGAAUUUUGUCUCAAUGCUAAAAAGUAAUAGUUCUGAAAGAAAAAACACUGCAAUUUCCAUUCUAAAGAUAUCAAAAGCUAUAACUAAUGAUAACAACGAAACUUUUAUUAAUGAAAUGGAGUUUUCACUAAUUAUAGAUGAGUAUAUCCGUCUAUUUGAUAAUUUAACUGUUUUGGCUAUGGACUCUAGUACAGGUAAUAAUAUUCAAAUGCAAUCCAAAGAUCAAAAAUCAUCUAAUAGAGUCUCUAACAAGUGUAUGAGUUUGCGUUCUGACUUUCAAUCUCUUUAUCACUCAAUGAAAAAUUUAAAUAAAUCAAAAGGAUUGAUCAUUCCGACACAAAUGCAAUUAGGACUUAACCGUUCUUCUAUUAAUCAUACUAAAUGCAUACUUUUUUCAAACUACUUGCCUUUAUGUAAAAGAAAUACCAGUUCUGAUAAACAGUUUAUACCUUAUUAUUUCAAAAGUAAUCAAAGAUCAAAUAUACCAACAAAUUUUAUUACAAUUUCUGGAAUGGAAGAUACGAUUUUUGUCCUACCUAGUAAGCAAAAACCUAAAAAAAUUGGGCUGAUUGGCUCUGAUGGAGAGACAUAUUAUUACUUAGUGAAAAAUGAAAAACGUGGUGAUUUGCGUAAAGAUAUGCGUCUUAUGGAACUUGCUCAAUUAUUAAACCAAAGAAUGUCUAUUCAUGGAAAAGAAUUAUCUUUAAGAACGUUUUCUGUGAUCCCACUAUCUGAAGUUGCAGGAAUUAUUGAAUGGGUUCCAAAUGUUACAACUCUCGGAAAUAUUGUUAUGAGCGAGUGGAAAGAACUUAUAGGAGCCUCAAAAUUUCAUAGACAAUUACUAGAGACACAAGACAUUUUAAGACAACAUUCUAUGCAGCCUGAUAAACUUUAUAAGUUAUAUUCUGAAGAAAUCCUCCCUAAAUAUCCGCCAGUACUACACAAUUGGUUUUUCAAAAAGUUUAGUACAAAAUCCAGCUACAUUUGGCUGAAGUCUAAGGAAAAAUACACAAAAAGUACGUCACUUUGGUCAAUGUUUGGAUAUAUUGUAGGAUUGGGAGAUAGACAUGCAGAAAACAUUUUAAUUGAUACUCAAUUUGGCGACAUUAUUCAUGUUGAUUUUGAUUGUCUGUUUGGUAAAGGAUUUUUACUUGAAAUACCUGAAAUAGUUCCUUUUAGGCUUACGCCAAAUGUUGUAAUUGCAAUGGGUAGUUGUGGUGUUGAGGGUACAUUUACUGGAACCUCCAUUUCAGCAAUGAGUAUAUUUAGAAGCCCAUUCAAUAAAUCAUUAAUUAUGACAUUUCUAGAGGCAUUCAUACAUGAUCCUCUCAUUGAAUGGAUGAGACCAGGAAAAGCAACUCAAGUCUCAAGUUUAGGAGGAAGUGUUGAUCCUAUCUCUUUUUUAGCCGUCGCUAAGGGUCAUUCACACCUAAGAACAAUUUACAGAAAAUUGAAUGGAAUGGUAGAUUGUUUUUCACAAAACAAGAAAGUUGUUCCAACUCUACAUGGGCCCAAUAACUGUUCUCAAAGAAGGCCAUUUCAUGAAAGAGGUCUUGGCCUUUCAGUUGAAAGCCAAGUUUUUGAAUUGAUCAGUUCUGCAAAAUGCAAACGAAAUUUGUCACAAAUGUACGCAGGUUGGAUGCCUCAAUUAUAA